AAGUAUAUGGGAAGCACCAAGUCAUUUUAAAUGCUUAUCUGCGAAUCCAGAGGCUUGGAGACCAUUUGGUGUGGCUCAUAGCGGCCAUAAACCCCCUCCCUGUUAAAACUAGGUCAAAGAGGUCUGUGACAAAUAUGGUUUAAAUCAACGGAUUGAUCAGAUGCCUCAUCAGUCAGAGACCCUGGAGAUGGAAGAUGAAGAAAGAGCCUAUCUCAAGAGAAUAAACUGGCAAUAUAUCUACCUAUCUUUCCCUCAGUCUUUAACAUGGUGUAAGGUAAUCUUUUUUGGAAAUAUGUAUUUGAGGACAGAAACAAUUCGUUCUCUUUGCAUUAAACAAAUUUUCAAAUAUUUAUUUUUAUUUUUUAGAGAUUACUUCCCUAAACUAGACAAGAACAAGGAUUUGAAGGAUACUUUUAAAUUUAUGGUUGUCAGACAUCCAUUCGAGAGAUUACUUUCAGCUUACAGGGAUAAACUGGAAGAUUUAUCACGUGACCUGGCUGCCCGGGAUGGAUACUAUUACACUAUGUAUGGUCGCCAUAUUGUUGCAGAGUACAGGGACAAAUCUGACCGAAAUUUGACCGGGGUUUCCGAACCAACCUGGAGAGAAUUCGUCACCUAUAUCAUAAAUACUCCUCCAACUAAGUCUACCUGCCUACCUGUCUACCUGUACAAUGUGAUAGCUAAGAUGGAAACGUUCGCCGAGGAUACCCAGUAUAUCCUGGAGGAGGCAGGACUAGAUACUCAACUAGAGGUCGAGUGGAAGCAUAGGACAGGUACCGGAGGGAGUUCGGACAUAAUGCUUGAAUACUUCAGUCAGUUAACCCUAGCAGAGAUAGGAGCACUUUUCAUUAAAUACCAACUAGACUUUGAACUAUACGGAUACAGUCCAGAACCAUACUUUGAUAUAGCUAUUCAAGAACCAUAAACCUUCAGAGUUUUUACCAAUUUCUCCAUUUACACUAAAGCUAGGAACCGUUUCUAAAAUGUACAUGUACACGUACGUAGAAUGCCAGAAAAUACGUAUAAGCAACUAAAAAUUGAAAAAUAUAACAAAUACCGGAUGCUUAUCAAACGUGGAAGUUACUUUUAAAUUUUUACAUUUUAGCUUCAGCUUUUAAAAAUCAAAACGCAAUUGAAUAUUCUGCUGCCACCUGCUUUUUUUUAACGCUGUUAAAAAGAAACUUUUCAAAAAAAGAUUUUAUAAUAAUGCUAUUUGCUUUAAAACUAAGCUUUUAGUAUAUUGUCAGUUCAGUGCUUGUCAUUAAAAAGGGACUGUUCACUAAAGUGUGAGAUGUUUUUACAUUUUUACAUUACCCAAAUUCUGUAAGCAAUCCCAUUAAAGGUGCAGUGUUAAAUAGAUUUACGUUCAGGCGUCGUCGUCGUAUAUAUCAACACAAUAAAGACGACUUUCUAGUUAAAUUUUGAUUUCUACGAAGCUUUCAAAC